UUGACAAAUCGGGAAAGUGGCAAAUACAGACAAACUAUUGAGUACUUUCAGCGUGAGGAAUCGUUUCAUCAGCACACUGUGAACAAUCUUCAGCAUCGUCUUGAUCUUAAUGAGGUAGAAAUCAGCCGACUAAGACAGGCGUUCCAAGGUUUCCAGACUGGUGACAGCUUCUCGGCGGAUGAAAGCAUCUACAAUGAGAGGCAUAACCCAAGCCUACCAGUAUUGGGAUUGGACUUAUCGUUUGCAGAUGCCUCUUGUCAACGACUACCACCAUUAAAUGAAACGUUCACUCUCUCCCAGGCCCACUUUCCUCCAUUCGCUGUAACACAAGCGAAUAAUGUUUCUCCGCCGGAUGAUAAAUCCCAGAUUCGGCGCCCUAACUGUCAGAGCGAUUUUCGAGAACUGAACGGGGUACAAAAUCUGGCAUAUGAAGGCGAAUUGGGAACAGAGGCUGAAGAGCGCGAACUGCAUCGGCGCCUGGAGCAGUGUGGCAAUUGGGUACAAAAGUGCACUCCAAAUGAGAAAGAGAAACGUAAAGAACGUGUCAUUGGUAACGUUAUCGGCUGCUAA